AUGCAUCCAUCUUGUUUUUAGUUAAUAAAUGUAUGUCUCCCUGCAGCCUGCAACUACAUAAAACAGUUGUAACAUUUACCUUUCGAUGUCUUCUAAGGUAUUUGCUUCAGGAAGUAACUCCUGCACUUCAAAAAAAAUAACAAUUUGUAAUAGCCUGCAGAUACCCUAAUCUCCUUUGAUACAAGCACAUACUGAAUAUGUCACUAGACCACAAUUGUUCUACUCAUGUUUCCAGUAUGUGUGGCAAUAAUCUGGGUCCAGAGGGGGUUUUGGAGCUGUGGAAUGCUCUGGAGCACAACACGACUGUGGAAGAGCUCUAUCUGGACAUCACUGGCAUCACAGAGAGAGGAACAGAAAACAUUGUCAACUGCCUCAGCAAAAACACGUCUCUGAGGACACUGACCAUCGUUGGGAAUGACAUCGGAGAGAUGGGGAGGAGGAGGCUGAAGGAGCUGCAACAACGUAGGCCAGGGCUCAGGAUCAUUGCAAAUUUUGUAGAUGACCUUGGGUUACUUCAGGCCUACCUGGACUGGGUGGAGGAGAUCCAGGCUGACAGAGACCAGAUGGACUCAGUGAAGAAUGCAGACGCACUGCGGUCUGUGCUGAAGGGACUCCAGGUGGCGGGAAGAAAGGUGGAGAGAAAAGAGAACGCAGAGAAAGCAGAGGAGCUGCAGGCAAAGAUCGAGGAGCUGCUGAGUUCCUCUACAGAUCUGAUGGAAGGAAGAAGACCAACAUUCUGACUUAUAUCUGUGAUAGCAGGAUUUAUAUUGAAGAUAAUGAUGUAUUGUGAGUCUGAGAUUGAGGGGUGGUGAUAACAGCUAAAAAACCCACACUUAACAUUGUUUCAUCUCCCUGAUAGUUAGUGUUACACAGAUGACACGUUUCAGAAAAUUCUAUUAAAUAAAUCAUGACUUGGUCAGAGAACCUGGAUGUAAACUAUUGUUAACUUCAAAGGAUUAUUCUUAUUGUUGGAACAGCGUUGUUUUUGUUGUGUUUUUUUUUUUUAAUUUUUUGCAGAAAUUGCAGGUUGAAUUAACCCUAAAGGUGAAACAUGAAAUAUUCCCUUAUUGUGUUUUAUAACAACAACUUUUUUUCUAUUUUACAAAUUGGGGCUAAGACAA